UAGUAUCCGGGUUGUCCAUGAAAAACUUCCGGUGCGUUUCCUUUCUUUUUGUUUAUCGCUAGCUUCUAACCUAACUCUAUGCUUCUAACUCGUCUGUAGUUUAUUGAAAAUUGAAACUCGCGUAAAACUUUGACCUGCCAUGUACAGUCGCUUACAGUAUCACUUGAUCAUGGGAAUGAGAUGGGAUAUUUAACCAAGCAAGCUAACUAGCUAGAUUCAUGUUGUCCUAGCCAAACCAGGCAGAUAAUUAAUGUCUGCUAAGAUUCGAGGAUGGUAGCUUAACUGUUCAACAGGCUAGCUGGCUAUUACUAGCUAGCCGAGCAGCUAGACAAGACAGAUUAUGCCACUGUACAUUUGCCUGUUAUGAUAUUACUCGUUAUGAAUAUUUUUUCUGCCAUGGACACCGAGGGAAUCGUGAUCCGUAUAAAGACACCCGUCGGGGACAUGGACUCUUCUGUGGAUCGUCCUUCACUUUUGAGCUUUAAUGACUUGUUGGUAGCUAUCAGGGAUGUUAUGCCAGAAGCCACAGUCACAGCUUUUGAAUAUGAAGAUGAGGUAGGCGACAGAAUUACUGUAAGGACUGACGAAGAACUCAAAGCCAUGCUGUCAUAUUACUGUAAUACAGUGCACGAACAGCGAAUGAACGGCCUGCUGCCUGAGCCCCUCCAGAUAUUUCCUCGAGCCGGCAAGACUCCCGGGAUAAGGAACAUACAUGGCCUGAAGGUAAACACCAGGCCCAACCCAGCCAACAACUCUGGGGCGGCCGUCGACACCAUGCCUAACAAUAGCUUAAAGAAGUCAUCAGCGGAGCUGAAGAAGAUCCUGACAAAUGGACAGAUAAAUGCCCAAGACAUCCAGUACCAGGAGCAGCUUGGCCAGGGGAAUGGAGGCACAGUGUACAAAGCCUACCACCUUCUUGGAAAAAGGGUUUUGGCAGUCAAGGUCAUUCCACUGGACAUCACAGUAGAGUUGCAGAAACAGAUCAUGUCGGAGUUGGAGAUUCUCUACAAGUGUGAUUCCCCCUACAUCAUAACCUUCUACAGUGCCUUCUUCCUGGAAAACAGGAUAUCCAUAUGCACAGAGUUUAUGGAUGGUGGUUCUCUGGACGUGUACAGGAGGAUACCAGAGCAGGUCCUGGGGAGGAUCGCUGUGGCGGUCGUUAAAGGUUUGACAUAUUUGUGGAGCUUGAAGAUACUUCACAGAGACGUCAAACCCUCAAAUAUGUUGGUGAACACCCAAGGACAAGUGAAGCUCUGUGACUUUGGUGUCAGUACCCAGUUGGUAAACUCCAUCGCCAAAACGUACGUUGGGACAAAUGCCUAUAUGGCUCCUGAAAGGAUAUCAGGGGAGCAGUAUGGCAUUCAUUCAGAUGUGUGGAGUGUGGGCAUCUCAUUCAUGGAGUUGGCUCUCGGCACGUUCCCUUAUCCACAGAUACAGAAAAACCAAGGAUCUUUUAUGCCACUCCAGUUACUGCAAUGCAUCGUUGAUGAGGACCCUCCUAUUCUCCCUGUGGGCCAGUUCACUGAGAAGUUUGUUCACUUCAUCACACAGUGCAUGAGAAGACUUCCUAAAGAGAGGCCUGCGCCCAACAACCUCAUGGACCAUUCCUUCAUUAUGCUCUACAACGAUGGCAAUGCAGAAGUGGUAUCCAUGUGGGUGUGUCGCUGCCUGGAGGAAAGGAGAUCCCAGGCCCAGGGACGCAUGUGACCGUCCCUCCUACUUUCACUGUUGCUACCUCUCCCUGCAAGGCAGGCAAGAGCUAUGUGUAUCAUGCCACAGCCACCCUAGCUUUCAUCCUUAUGGACCUUCUUAAAGCCCACUGCCAAACCCAAAUAAGGAUAGACUGCUCAUUUGGACAGUGAUACUUUGAAUAAUGUAUUUUGCAUUUUUUGUGGGCCAGGAAGAAGUGCAUCUUGUGAAGAUGGAGCAGAGCUUUCUAGGAUAAUUUAUAGAAGCUCCUCAUCUGAGCCCUCAGCACUGACUGAGCGCUUGACUCAGUCGGCCUAGAUGACUUUCUGUGCUUGUUUCUCCAGGUUCCUCUCUGACUUUGAAAUGGGAGUUAUAUUAGGAUUGAGCCUGUUUUGUUCCUUGUCCAUCAAAUUAGCUCUGAUUCUUGAACCGGUUCCGUUCAGGACUCUUGGAACCUUGGUGCUAUCUAGCAAACCAGCCUGUGUUUCCACCAGUUAUGAGCGUAACCAGUUAUGAGUUUGUAAUAAAAGAUGCGUCAUCAAAAGUGGCAGUUCAAGUGACCCCAGUCUUGGCCAAAUAUUCGACUAGUUCGACAUACAGCUUACUCUGUCUCAUGCUGCUUUCUAGCUAUUCCUGAAACUCUGAGACCGAGAUGACCAAAUCAUCACCAAGCAUUGGGUUUUAUCAGCAGACCACAGCAUGCUCUUUUUUCGAUUUCUCACUUAACUUCUCCGUUGUUGCCUUCUCCAUCCCCUCUUUCCAGACGGUAGAAUGACACGCCCACUGAUGUUGUCAUGGUUUGCAUUUCAGGUUAAGGAAAACCUCCUAUUAUUUGGUUCCAGCUUGGAUCCAACUUUUUGGCUUCCAAACCAAUACAUUUUUGGUCUGAAUGCUCAGAACUGUUCAAAAUUGGUGGAAAAGGGGUCAGUAUGUAAAUCAGUUUGUAACUUUUGACCCGUGAUGGUAAUGAGCAGGAAAAAAUGACCAAUGCGCAAAAAUGGCUUUACAUUGACUUGCUAUAUUCCAGGGAUGAUUUUGAUUUAUCACUAGGCUUUACUUUGUGUCACUUUCUAAUGAAUGUGCCUGUGUGUAACUGCAGUUAUCUAACUGCAGUCUGCUGAAUGGAAACAUUUGUAUAUUCCUUUACAUUGUUAUUACUACAUUAAGUGCACCUCAAGGGUCUCAUCAACAGAGUUGUGUUGCAUUGUCUGAACUUCUCUUUGCCAUUUCCAGCUUAAUCUUUUUUUACAACUCUACAAAUAGUUUUGUUCAAAUUUACAUUCAUACUUUUAAGAUGUCAAGGAAUAUAUUUGAUUGACAGACCAAACUGCAAUGAUUCCAUAGCAUGAUUUGCUCAAAUACAUUCAUAACUCAUGAACAUUCAAAACUGCAUUUUCACCAUACCAUACCAACUAAACCUAUAUGUGUGUAUCAAAUCAGAAAUUACUUAAUGUGUUAUAUGUUGUUACAAUAUCACAAUAUCAGUUGAGCUGAUAUUGAGCUGUUAGGGAAUAGUGAGUGUUUCUUAUUUUACCUGCGUAGUAAAAAUCACCUAGUUCAGUCAUGGUUUGAUCAAAUGCUUUGACUCAGUGGGGGGUAAUCAUAAGUAUUGGAUGCAACUAUGGAUUAAUGUGAAUGUAAAGUGUUUUAGUGGUGGACAAUAUGAGGGGUUGCCAUCUAAAACAAGUUGACUACGAUAUGCACUUAAACAAGAUAUGAAACAAAAGCCUGGUCAAAACUGUCUCAGUCUUGGCCCUCGUGAAAAAUGCUCAGCGAAAUGGCCCUAUAAUGUGAGUUGCAAUAGAGGGCAAAGCAUAGAGAAACAGGUGUUCUAGCUUAAUGCUAUAUAAAAUGCUAUAUAUAUACAAUUCAGUUUUUGAAAGCCUUGAGGUAUAUUUGUCUUUUUGAAUUCACAUUUCAUUGACAAAGUCUUUGCCAAUUCAGGUUCCCGUGGGGUGGGUGGGUGGAGCUUCUAUUUUUUGGAAAUUUUAAGCAUUAUUGACCGAAUACUAAAACUGUUUGGCUGUUUCAACAUAACAGGGCAAUCCACACUUUCAUAGUAUUGUGAAUAUACAGAAUUCCCAAUAACAAAUGGCUUUGUAGUGCUUGUGAAUGCUUUAACAACAGGUCAUUAAAACAUAUUUGCACAUAUUA